GGAUAUUUUCUUCAGAAUACGACCUCCACCUACCCGAAACAGGCAAAAGUGUGCACUAACAAAUACUAGCAGUACUACAUGGUUCCUCCUCCUUCUUCGACCUCGUUCAUAUAGCUAGCUCCCCGUAUAUCCUUCCAUUUUUCUUGUCCUUUGGCAGCUGAGCUAAGCUCGGUCGGAUGAAGAUCGGUUGCGACGCGUGCGGGCGGGCGGCGGCGGCGGUGCUGUGCUGCGCCGACGAGGCCGCGCUGUGCCGCCGAUGCGACGCGGCCGUGCACUCGGCAAACAGGCUCGCCGGGAGGCACCAACGCGUCGAGCUCCUCUCCUCCUCCUCCACCGGCGCCGGAGCCGGAGAAGGAGACGGUACACACCCCGCCUGCGACAUCUGCCAGGAGAAGACGGGGUACUUCUUCUGCGUGGAGGACCGCGCCCUGCUAUGCCGGAGCUGCGACGUCGCCGUCCACACGGCCACCGCACAAGCCUCCUCCCACCGCCGCUUCCUCAUCACCGGCGUCCGUGUCGGCGGCUCCGCCAAUGCCCAGCAGGACCGCCACAUCGUCAGCCCCAGCAGCAGCAGCGCCAACGGGAGCAGCAGCAUCAAUGUGCCGCCGGCCAGCUCCAGAACCAGAGGCCUCGCCGACAACGACCAUCUGUCGGCGCAGACGGCUGCGCGUCUGCUCGGAGUCGGAGGAGAAGACGAGGAGGAGGCUGCAGCUGCAGGCCAGCAGCAGUGGCCGUGGAGCGACAUCUUCGCCGACGACAGCGGCGUUGGCAAUGGCAUGGACGACCGGCAGUUCUAUAAUGGUCUCGUCUCUGAACCGGCUGGCUCCUCCGGCCUCACUGGAUGAUGAUCAGAGCUUCAAUUGCACCAAUUUUAGUAUGUUUGGCAUGAGUUGAUCCAGAAAAAUGUAGUUUCAUGAUUUUACUUUACUUUAUAAAGAUCGCAAUUAAUUAGUUGUCCUA